UUACGGAUUAUUGGGCCGCAAAUUGACAAUAAGUGAAAUUGACAGAAAAGCGGUACUAAUCACCGGAUGUGGAAACGGUGAGGAUUUUUGUAGUCGGAACGUUAAUUGUGAUGUUCGGAAUAGAUUUGGCAGAGAUUUAGUAAAACGAUGUCUUCAGAAUGGCCUAACAGUUUUUGCAGGAUGCCGUCGUGCCAUUAGUGUAAAAGAAUUAGAGGAAAGCUACAACUCAAUCAGCCAAGGUCGAUUGUAUGCAUUUCAAAUGGAUGUGACCGAUGACGAGAGCGUUCGAAAAUCGAGAGAAAUUGUGGACAGGGUUUUAAAGCAAAAAAAUCUCGUUUUCCACGCGCUAGUCAAUAACGCCGGAGUGCGGGGCAAUAUCUUUUACGAUGAUUUUCUAACUUUGGAUGAUUAUAAAGAAGUAUGGGAUGUGAAUUUGUGUGGCGUGAUACGAGUAACACAAACAUUUCGAGAUCUUAUCAAGAAAUCCAGAGGUCGGUUGGUGAUAUGCAGCAGCGCUAUCACACUAUUUACAACUCCAAGCCAGGGUCCUUAUUCUUGCUCAAAAUUUUCUGUCCAGGCUUAUACUACUGUUAUGAGACAUGAAUUACAAUCAUUUGGAGUAGAUGUAAUAGAAAUUGUUCCGGGAGGAUUCCAAACUGCAAUGCCAAAUUUCGAAGAAAUAGUGAAAACGAUGGACACGGUAUGGCAGCGGGCACCACAAAAAUUACGUAACGAGUAUGGCCACGACUAUAACGAGAAAGCAAAAAAAUUUGCAAAGGAACUGCAACCAAAAAUCAUGGCAAAAGAUACGACAUGGGUUAUCGAUUCAUAUUACGAAGCAAUCGUUGCGAAACGGCCAAAACUUUUGUACCUGAUUGGCUGGGAUGCGUUAUUAAUAUACUAUCCUUAUUCAUGCCUUUCAUUGCGCUUACAACUUUACGUAAUGAAAUUCAUAAUAUAUAUGAAUGGAGCACCAUUACCAUUGAUGGCGAUGAAGAAUGCAUAUUCAGAAAAUACGAAUGGAAAAGACUAA